AUGGGCCCCCUGCGCCGCGCGCUGGAGCGGCUGUCGCGCCACGACGCGCGCGGCGCGCUGGAGGCGCUGCGCGGCCUGCCGCAGGAGCAGGCCUCCACCGCAGAGGCGCUGUUCCUGGAGGGCCGCGCCAGUGCUGAGGCGGUGGACUAUGCGGCGGCCGCGGCCUCCUUCCAGGCGGCGCGGAGGGCAGACCCGCACCGCGUUGAGGGCCUGGAGCUCUACUCCACUGUGCUGUGGCACCUGCGCCGCGAGACAGAGCUGGCGCACCUGGCGCAGGAGGCGCUCGCCAUAGACAGGCUGGCGCCACAGACGUGGUGUGUCGUGGGCAACUGCUUCAGCCUCCAGCGCGACCACACGGCCGCAGUGGCCUUCUUCCAGCGCGCCAUGCAGCUGGACCCGGCCUUUGCAUAUGCGGCGACGCUGGCCGGCCACGAGUACCUGGCGGGAGAGGACCUGUCUGCGGCCAUGACGGCCUACCGCAACGCGCUGCGUAUGGACGGCCGCCACUACAACGCGCU